AGAUGGCCGGUAGCGUGUGUCUCUAAGAGUUGAUCGGCGCGACGUAGUUUUCGCGUGUUUCUGUAUUUCUGAUAAGAAGUGCGUGUGCGCGUGCAGUGAUAGAAAGUGGAGAUGAAUCCGGGGUGUCUGCCGCGGUAACACAAAGACCGGAACGGAAGUGAUCCUUGGAUAAAUUGGAAUUUUCCAAGGGUAAUAAUAUGGCAAGCCCUUCGCCACAAUCUUCACCUAUGCCACCUCCGCAAGCUCCUAGCCCUAUGGGCCCUCCACAGCAGGCGCCAUCUCCAUCUAAUGCGCAAGGCAGUCCAAUGGGACCACCGCAGCAGCAUCAUCCUCAUAGUCCGACGCAAGGUUAUCAGAGUGGUCCACCAAUACCACAGGGAGGACCACCCAUGUCACAAGGAGGACCACCACAACAACCUCCUCCCCAACAACAAAGCUAUCCACCUCAUCCACAGCAAAUGCCACCUAAUAUGGGUCCACAGAAUCAAGGUCCAGGCGGUCCAGUUGGGCAGGUACCUACUUCUCAGCAAGGUCCUGGAGGACCAAUGAUACCUGGACAAAUGGGUCCGAAUGGACCACAAAGUGGUUCUCAUAUGAUGCAAAGUGGGCCCAAUCAGAUGGGAUCUAAUGCACCUGGCCAAAUGGGACCUGGUGGUCCUGGCCAAAUGGGUCCUGGCGGACCUGGACAGAUGGGACCAGGAGGUCCAGGACAGAUCGGUCCCGGACAAAUGGCGCCGUCUCAUAUGGUACAAGGAGGUCCUCCUGGUGGAUCUCAUGUAGGUCCAAAUGGGCCUGGUCAAAUGGGACCAGGUAGCGGACCUGUAUCAGGACCUCAGAUGGGUACUGGAAAUUCUCAAAAUUCGCAAAUGAUUUCUGGAGGACCCGGCCCGGGGCACAUGGGCGGACCUCCAAGUCAUAUGAAUGCAAGUGGCCCACCAGGACCAGGUCACAUAACUCCCGGUGGUCCUCCCGGACCAGGACAUAUGGGUAAUGCAGGACCUCCAGUAUCAGGACACAUAGGCGCUAGCGGAACAUCAGGACAUAUAAACGCAAGCGGUCCUCCUGGAUCAGCUCACAUGAACGCUAGUGGGCCGCCUGGAUCAGGUGGUCAUAUGAACAGCGGGCCUCCAAUUCCAACACAUAUGAACGCAAGUGGUCCGCCAGUAUCUUCACAUAUGAAUGCUAGUGGUCCGGGAAGUCAUAUGGGUCCUGGUGCACCUGGUCAAAUGUCUGCAAGUGGUCCUGCAGGUCACAAUAUGGGUCCUGGUGGUCCAAAUCAAAUGGGUCCAGGUGGUCCGAAUCAAAUGAUGACGAAUAGUCAAACGCAGAUGGGACCUAGUGGCCCAAUGGGUCCUGUUGGACCAACAGGGCAGAUUGGACCAAAUGGACCUGGGCAAAUGGGUCAUAAUGGGCCGUCACAGAUGAGUAUGGGUGGUCCACCCGGACAAAUGAAUAUGAAUGCACCAGGCGGACAAAUGGGUCCUGGUGGGCCGGGUAAUCAAAUGGGACCUGCAGGGGCAGGUAAUCAAAUGGGACCAGGCGCACCAGGCAACCAAAUGGGACCUUCUGGUCCAGGUGGACAAAUGGGCCCAGGUAGCGGUCCCGUAGGACAAUUAGGUCCGAAUAGUCUUGGUCAAAUGGGUCCUGGAAGUGCUCCAGGAAAUGUACCAAUGACAACAAGUAGUGCACCUGUUGUUUCUAUAGGGCCUAAUGGACCAACUGGAAUAGGUAUAGUUAGUGGACUUGGUGGACAAAUGACCUCUAGCAGCGGUCCAGGAGGACAGAUGGGUGCAGCGGGUCCUGGAAGCAGUUCUGGUGGUCAAAUGGGCCCGGGAAACGGUCCUGGGGUGCAAAUGAAUGCCGGUAGUGGACCUGGUGGUCAAAUGGUAUCAGGAGGCAUGCCUGGUGGACCAGGUAUGGGACCAGGUAGUGGACAAAUGGGACAUAGUGGUAGUGGACCUGGUGGCCAAAUGGGACCAGGAGGCGGACCUGGUGGACAAAUAGGACCGGGAAGUAGUCAAAUGGGACCAGGAGGACAAAUUCCCUCUGGUCCAGGACAAAUGAUGCAAGGAGGCCCGGGUUCUCAAAUGGGCCCGAACGCUCCGAGCAAUCAAAUGGGACCUGGUGGUCCGAAUAGUCAAAUGGGGUCAUGUGCUCCCAAUAAUCAAAUUAGCCAUACAAACGCGACUGGACAAAUGGGUUCUAAUGGACCUAAUAUUCAGCCUCCUACUACUCAAAUAGGGCCUGGUAGUCAAAAUCAAGGUCAAGUUUCUGGUAGCACAGCACCAAUAGGAUCAGGUACUCCAGUAAAUCAAAUGAGUCAAACUGGAAGUGGACAAAUUGGACCUACCGGACCUACAGGACCACCCGGAUCGGGACAAGAGAAUUUAAAUGCGCUUCAAAAAGCGAUAGAUUCUAUGGAAGAGAAAGGAUUGCAAGAAGAUCCACGAUACUCACAAUUGUUAGCUUUGAGAGCUCGUCAAGGUAGUGGCAUGGGCGAUAAGCAAGCUUUCAAUACACAACAGUUGCAGCAAUUACGAGCUCAGAUAAUGGCAUACAGAUUACUAGCAAGAAAUCAGCCAGUACCUCAACAAGUGGCAUUAGCUGCACAGGGUGGCACGCCUCCUCCUCCAGGGAUGGGUCAACGACCCAUAGAUCCGUCUCAAGGCCCUGCUACCACAGCUGGGUCACAAAUACCAGGUCCGAAUGUUAUUGGUCCCGCAGGUGCUCCUAGACCAGGCUGUCAGACACCGCAACAACAACAGCAACAACCUCAGUCUGGUGCUAAAGCUAAUAGAGUAACAAGUGUAGCGAAACCCGUUGGAUUAGAUCCAUUAUUAAUAUUGCAGGAGCGAGAAAAUAGAGUUGCAGCUCGUAUAUCGCUUAGAAUGGAACAACUUAGUAAUUUACCGACAAAUAUGCCAGAAGAUCUUCGUAUACAAGCUCAGAUCGAAUUGCGUAUGCUGAGAGUAUUAAACUUCCAGAGACAAUUAAGAUCCGAGAUUAUAGCAUGUACCCGGAAGGAUACUACUUUAGAAACUGCUGUGAAUGUGAAAGCUUAUAAACGUACGAAACGACAAGGAUUACGUGAAGCUAGAGCUACUGAAAAAUUAGAAAAGCAACAGAAAUUAGAAGCAGAACGUAAACGAAGACAGAAACAUCAAGAAUUUCUUAGUUCUGUAUUACAACAUGGCAAAGAUUUCAAAGAAUUUCAUCGUAACAAUGUUGCUAAAUUAGCUAGACUUAAUAAAGCGGUGCUUAACUAUCAUGCAAACGCUGAACGGGAGCAGAAGAAAGAACAAGAGCGUAUUGAGAAAGAACGUAUGCGUCGUCUUAUGGCGGAAGAUGAAGAAGGAUAUAGAAAACUAAUCGAUCAAAAGAAAGAUAAGCGUUUAGCAUUCUUGUUAUCCCAAACUGAUGAAUAUAUAAGCAAUCUCACGGAAAUGGUUAAGCAACAUAAGAUAGAGCAAAAGAGAAAGCAAGUAGAAGAACAAAAGCGUAAGAAGAAAAAGAAGAAAUUGCAAGAUGGUGAAAAUGCUGGUGAAGAUGGUGCAGUCAGUGACGAUACUCGUAUUGGUGUAAUAGAAACUGCCACUGGUCGCACAUUAACCGGUGAUGAAGCACCAUUGAUGAGUCAGUUGUCAGCAUUUUUAGAAGCUCAUCCCGGGUGGGAGCCAAUUGAGUCAGAUAGCGAAGAAGAUGAAGAGGAUGAUGAAGAAGAAAAUGGAGAAAGUGAAGAUAAAUCUGAUAGCAAAGAUAAAGUAAUGGGCGAUUCUGAAGAAGAGAAAGUCAAGAAAACUAUACAUAAAGCAAAAGUGGAAGAUGAUGAAUAUAAAACUGAAGAACAGACAUACUACAGCAUUGCUCAUACUGUUCAUGAAGUGGUUACUGAACAAGCAAGUAUCAUGGUGAAUGGAAAGCUAAAAGAAUAUCAAAUUAAGGGUUUAGAAUGGUUAGUGUCUUUGUUUAACAACAACCUGAACGGUAUUUUGGCAGAUGAAAUGGGUCUCGGUAAAACAAUUCAGACCAUUGCUCUGGUAACAUAUUUAAUGGAAAAGAAGAAAGUCAAUGGUCCUUUUCUUAUUAUCGUUCCAUUAUCGACGUUAUCUAAUUGGGUUCUUGAAUUUGAAAAAUGGGCACCGAGUGUUGUUGUGGUAUCAUACAAAGGUUCUCCAGCUGGCAGAAGAGCGAUACAAUCUCAGAUGCGAGCUACAAAGUUCAAUGUUCUUUUAACAACUUACGAAUAUGUCAUUAAAGACAAAGGUGUAUUAGCCAAAUUGCAGUGGAAAUAUAUGAUUAUUGACGAAGGACACAGAAUGAAAAAUCAUCAUUGCAAACUUACCCAAGUGCUUAAUACACAUUAUUUGGCUCCUCAUCGGUUAUUGUUAACUGGUACGCCGUUGCAAAAUAAAUUGCCAGAACUGUGGGCUCUUCUGAAUUUCUUGUUGCCUUCAAUCUUUAAAUCCUGCAGUACAUUUGAACAGUGGUUUAAUGCUCCUUUCGCCACUACUGGCGAGAAGGUGGAGCUAAAUGAAGAAGAAACUAUUUUGAUUAUUCGUCGUUUGCACAAAGUUUUGCGGCCUUUCUUAUUGAGACGCUUGAAAAAAGAAGUAGAAUCACAAUUACCUGAUAAAGUGGAAUAUAUCAUUAAAUGUGAUAUGUCUGGCCUACAAAAAGUUCUUUAUAAGCAUAUGCAAAGCAAAGGUGUAUUACUAACCGAUGGAUCAGAAAAAGGAAAACAAGGGAAAGGCGGUGCCAAAGCUCUUAUGAAUACAAUUGUACAGCUGAGAAAACUAUGUAAUCAUCCAUUUAUGUUUCAAGCUAUAGAAGAGAAAUACUGUGAACAUGUAGGCACACAAGGUUCCGGUGUUAUUACUGGCCCCGAUUUAUAUCGUGCAUCUGGAAAAUUCGAACUUCUCGAUCGUAUUCUUCCCAAAUUGAAGGCUACAAAUCACAGAGUAUUAUUAUUUUGUCAAAUGACUCAAUUAAUGACAAUUAUGGAAGAUUAUUUAAGUUGGCGUGGAUUCAUGUAUCUAAGAUUGGAUGGUACAACAAAAGCAGAAGACAGAGGAGACCUGUUAAAGAAAUUUAAUGAUCCUGGCUCGGAAUAUUUCCUCUUUUUGCUAUCCACACGUGCAGGUGGUCUUGGUUUAAAUCUUCAAGCUGCUGAUACAGUUAUUAUCUUUGACUCUGAUUGGAAUCCUCAUCAGGAUUUGCAAGCUCAAGACAGGGCACACAGAAUCGGACAGAAAAACGAAGUACGAGUACUCCGAUUAAUGACUGUGAAUUCCGUUGAAGAGCGAAUAUUAGCAGCAGCUAGAUAUAAGUUAAAUAUGGACGAAAAAGUUAUUCAAGCUGGUAUGUUUGAUCAGAAGUCCACUGGUUCUGAGAGACAACAAUUUCUUCAGAGUAUCUUGCAUCAGGAUGAUGCCGAAGAUGAAGAAGAGAAUGAAGUGCCCGAUGAUGAGACUGUAAAUCAAAUGAUUGCUAGAACAGAAGGUGAAUUUGAAAUAUUCCAGAAAUUAGAUUUAGAGCGACGACGUGAGGAAGCCAAAUUGGGUCCAAAUCGUAAAUCGCGUCUAUUAGAAGAAGCUGAAUUGCCUGACUGGUUAGUAAAAGAUGAUGAUGAAGUAGAAAGAUGGACCUACGAAGAAGAUGAAGAUAGAUUCCUUGGAAGAGGUUCAAGACAACGUAAAGAAGUUGAUUAUACAGAUAGUUUAACUGAAAAGGAGUGGUUAAAGGCGAUUGACGAUGACGGCGCAGAGUAUGAAGAGGAAGAAGAAGAUGAUAAGAAGAAGAAAAAGACACGGAAACGAAAGAAGAAAGGCGAAGAGGACGACGAGCCUAUGCCGAAGAAACGAAGAGGCGCCGGAUCUUUAGUUGAUCCUAAAAUGAAACGGGCUAUGAAGAAACUAAUAACGUUAGUUGUUAAUUAUACUGAUAGUAGUGAUGGCCGAUUAUUGAGUGAGCCAUUUAUGAAAUUACCUUCACGAAGAGAAUUACCAGAUUAUUAUGAGAUCAUUAAGAAACCAUUGACUAUUAAUAAAUUAUUACAAAAAAUCGAAGAAGGCAAAUACGCUGAUUUAGACGAACUUGAAAAAGAUUUUAUGCAACUUUGUAAGAAUGCUCAAAUUUAUAAUGAAGAAGCAUCCCUUAUUCAUGAAGACUCGAUAGUGUUACAAUCCGUUUUUACGAAUGCGCGUCAGCGUCUUGAAGAGGAAGGUAAUAAUUCUGAUGGAGAUGAUAAAGAUGGCGAAGAUGGAUCAGAUGCAGAUUCUAGCGUAAGAAUGAAAAUUAAAUUGAAAGGAAGAAAGGGGGAGGGAAGAGGCGGUCGUAGGAAGAGAGUUACUAAAAAAUAUAUAUCUGAUGAUGAUGAUGAUGCCGACGAUAAUUAAAAAGUAUAGUGAUAAAAGUAUAUGAUAAAUUCAAAGUAUAGUGAUGCCUCUUGAAAGCCGGAAUAUGACGUAAUGUUAGGUAUUUAACUGAAAUUGAUUAUAAUAAUAUCUUGAUACCCUGAUUGUAGCAAACAAAUUAUAAAAGUACAACCAAGAAUUGUGUGUAUCUUGUUUAUGCAAUGAAAUACUGCUGUAUUGUAUUGUAAA